AUAAUAUUAAGCAAAAAAAAUUAAAUUGCAAAUUGUUAAAAAUUAAAGUAUUAUUGCUUGCAUCUACUACAAGUUUGUUUGAGAAAAAAAUAUAGGAAAAUGAGUAAUAAAAAUAUGAUUUAAUCUAUGGUUAGCAAUUUAUAGGAGUUCAGUGAUACUAUGACAAAAUCAGGUAUCAACUGUUUUUAAGCGUUUGUUAUAGGUUUCAUAUGUGGGUUAGAUUCAGAUACAGAAAAUAUUUAAUAGCAUAUAGAAAUGAUUAAAUAAGUAUGCUAAAAUAAUAAUUUAGAAUAUGAAGAAGAUUAACAAAUGAAUGAUAGAAGAUAAAAAUCUGAUAAAAAAUUAGAAAAUAGUAAAAAUAAUGAAGAAUAUAUAGAUGCCACUCCACCUUUGAAUGAUAUCAAUUUAAAUUAGCAUACCGAUGAAUAGGAUAAUUAAGAUCAAUAAAAAGGAAACAAAUCUAGCAAAGGUAAUUUUUACCUUUAAGGUUAAGGGAAAAAAAGCAAGCCAGAUUAGAGAUAGUCUGAUUGUAAUGAUUCAAAUGGAAUUAACAAAAAUGAUCCAAAUAAAUCUUAAAAAGAAAGCAAUAGCCGUACUGACUAUGAUAAUGAAGUUGAUGAUUAAAAUAGCGAUUUUGAUGUCCAAUAAUAUAUGAAGUAAUUUUAAAAUUACGAUGAGGAUGAACAAAAAACUUUAGAAUUAAUUCGCUAGCUUUAGUAAGAAGAGGAAUAGGAUUAAAAUAUGAAAAAUAAUGAAGAUGACGAUAUCGAAUGUCCUAUUUGUAUGUGCGAACUAUAUACUGAAAGUGUUUUAGCUCUAGAAAAUUGUGAUCAUGUUUUUCAUAAGGAAUGUUUAAUUGAAUAUUUAAAAAAUAAAAUUUAAGAUAGAAAAGCUCAGAUACUCUGUCCUGAUGAAAAGUGUAAAACAGAAAUCUUGGUUGAUGAUUUCAAACAAUUAUUAGGAAAAGAGGUUUAUGAAAAUUAUAUAUAAUACUCUUUGUAAUCUUAUGUAGAUGAACACGGUGAUGAAAUGUCUUGGUGUCCUACACCUGAUUGUAAAUAUGUGUUUGCCUAUGAUGAAAAUGAAGAUGAUGGUUUUUUCAAGUGUCUUAUGUGUAAAAAAGAAUAUUGUCUAAAAUGUCGUGUUGUCUUUCAUAAAGGGAUGAGUUGCAAAGAAUAUGAAAUUACCAACAAAAAAGAUGAAAAUGAUGCUAAAUUCGAAAAAUUUGUUAAAGGCAAGAAAUUUAAACAGUGUAUAAAAUGCAAAUUUUGGGUUGAGAAGAAUUAAGGUUGUGACCAUAUGACCUGCAGAUGUAAAUAUGAAUUUUGCUAUAAAUGUGGUGGUAAAUAUAGAGAAUGUGAAUGCGUAGAAAAAUUUAAAUAGCAAUAAGAAAGAUUGUAAUAAAGAAGAUUAGCAAGGUAGUAGCAAAAAGCAUAAAAAAAACCAAGAGCAGCUUCUAGAGGUGCAAGAGGUAGAAGAGGAUAAAAAUGA